AAGAAAGGUCCAUGGAAAAACAAUCAGCACAAUUACAACACUUUUCUUCUAUCCUUACAAUGAAUACUAUAGCAUCAAACUCUUCGGAUCUCACGACCAAGUCUGGUCCCCAAACAUCUCCGUUUAGCAACAUGUAUUUCCUCACAACACUUCAAGCUCUUGUAGUCAUUUCUCUCUUGAUGAUAUUCAAGAAAAUAAAGUCAUCUUCACAUAACAAGAAGUUGCACCCUCUCCCGCCGGGUCCCAGCGGCUUUCCAAUCGUAGGAAUGCUUCCAGCAAUGCUUAAAAACCGUCCGGUUUUCCGGUGGCUUCAUAGCCUCAUGAAAGAGCUUAACACGGAGAUAGCUUGUGUGCGUCUAGGAAACACUCACGUCAUUCCUGUCACGUGUCCUAAGAUAGCACGCGAGAUUUUCAAGCAACAAGACGCACUCUUUGCAUCAAGACCACUCACCUACGCUCAAAAGAUACUCUCAAACGGCUACAAAACCUGCGUGAUCACACCGUUCGGCGAACAAUUCAAGAAGAUGAGGAAAGUGAUCAUGACGGAGAUUGUUUGUCCGGCAAGGCACCGAUGGCUACAUGAUAAUAGAGCUGAAGAAACCGAUCAUCUAACCGCUUGGCUUUACAACAUGGUUAAAAACUCUGAACCGGUCGAUCUCCGCUUUGUUACAAGGCAUUACUGUGGAAAUGCUAUUAAGAGGCUUAUGUUCGGAACGAGGACGUUCUCGGAGAAAACCAAACCCGAUGGUGGACCAACCAUGGAAGAUAUUGAGCAUAUGGAGGCUAUGUUUGAGGGGUUAGGGUUUACGUUUGCGUUUUGUGUUUCGGAUUAUCUACCCAUGCUUACGGGACUGGAUCUAAACGGACAUGAGAAGAUCAUGAGAGAAGCUAGUGCGACUAUGGAUAAAUAUCAUGAUCCUAUUAUUGAUGAGAGGAUUAAAAUGUGGAGAGAAGGAAAGAGAACUCAGAUUGAAGAUUUUCUAGACAUUUUCAUCUCUAUCAGGGACGCAGAUGGCCAGCCUUUGCUUACCGCUGAUGAAAUCAAACCAACCAUUAAGGAACUUGUGAUGGCGGCGCCGGACAAUCCAUCAAACGCUGUGGAAUGGGCCAUGGCGGAGAUGAUAAACAAACCGGAGAUCCUCCAGAAAGCAAUGGAAGAGAUCGAAAGAGUCGUCGGAAAAAAAAGACUCGUCCAAGAAUCCGACAUACCAAAACUUAACUAUCUCAAAGCUAUUAUCCGUGAAGCUUUCCGUCUUCAUCCCGUCGCCGCGUUUAACCUCCCACACGUGGCACUCUCCGACACAACCGUCGCCGGUUACCAUAUCCCUAAAGGAAGUCAAGUUUUACUUAGCCGUUACGGUCUUGGUCGUAACCCUAAGGUUUGGUCUGAUCCACUAAGUUUUAAACCGGAGAGACAUCUUAACGAAUGUUUGGAAGUGACUUUAACCGAGAAUGAUCUCCGGUUUAUCUCGUUUAGUACCGGAAAAAGAGGAUGUGCUGCCCCUGCGUUAGGUACGGCCAUAACUGUCAUGAUGCUCGCUAGGCUUCUGCAAGGGUUUAAGUGGAAAAUAGCUGGAGGUGAGACACGUGUCGAGUUGAUGGAAUCGAGCCAUGAUAUGUUUCUUGCGAAGCCUUUGGUUAUGGUCGGAGAAUUGAGGCUGUCGGAGGAAAUGUACCCGGCGGUAAACUGAGGCGACAGUGAUGUAUGGCGACGAUAUAUAUGUAUUCUAUGAAUAAUUAUAUUUAUGUAAGUGUAUAAUCUAAAGUUUGGUCAUAUCAUUAACCAAACUUUUUUCGGUUUUGGUCCUUUUUGGAAACACUUGAAGUGUGUUUCCUCUUGCUUUUUCCUUUUCUAUAUAUAUUUUUAAAUUAUUGGUUUUAUUUUGGUAAUUAAUAAGUAGGUAUUACCUCGCAUUUGAGUGUCUCCUUAUUUUGGUUUCUAUUCACAUCGAUGUUUAUGUAACAAACAAAAUAAAAAAUCAGAUCGAUGUUUAGUCAUGAUUGCAUCACUCAAUACUCUAGUUAGAGCACCAUUAUCGCUCGUUUCUUAGGUAGGUUUUUAAUGUUUUUAGAUUUAAAAGAAAAAGAAAAUUAUGCAUUAAGAGAAUAUACGUCUCUUAAGAGCAUCAUUAACGCGAUUGCUUAAUGGGGUGCUUAGGUUUUUUUGUAAUUAAAAAAAAAAGAAAAUUACCUUUAAUUUGAAGCUCCGUAGCUUAAUUAAGCAACACAAGCUCCGUUGCUUAGGAACACGCGUCCUCUCCCUACUUCCCGUCCCUGCUUCCCGUCGAGUCGAAUCUUCUUCGGCGAUACAAGAGACACGGCUGCGUCACCGUCGCCGUGUCAACACGAAAGGGGCGUUUCUGUGCGAAUAGGCUCAAACAAGGAGGUUGGUGGUCGGAUCAUACUCCUCACAUCUUCCAUGAACCGUCUAUGCAGCGUCAAAAGCAGCAGUGGUUUGAAGCUAUUGUGCAGGGAUCUCUAACUCUGUUAUCUGUACCACUGUUAACAAGGUUUGUGCUUCAGGCAUGAAAGGUGCUUUCAGCGUUAAUGAUUGCUGCUCAGAUUAUUCAGUUGGGGAUCAUAGAUGUAGUCGUGGCGGGUGGCAUGGAAAGCAUGUCUAAUACACCUAAAUAUCUGGCUAAAGCAAGGUAUAUAACAAUGGAAUGCUAAAGGAUGGACUAUGUGAUGUAUAUAACUACUGUGGGAUGGGAAGCUGUGCAGAACUAUGCGCUGAUAAAUUUGAGAUAACGAGGGAGCAACAUAUGAACGAAACGUGUGCCUACUGAGUUGAAGAAAGCAAUCAUGCAAGCCCGAGGGGAGAAGAAGCUCACCCAGUCCCAACUCGCUCAAUGCUAGGGUUAAUGAUGCUCUUAAUUAAGGGCAACAAGAGACGUAUUUACGAAACACGUGUCCCCUUUUCGUCGCCUCUCUUUCUCUUUCUGGUGAAUUCUACUCCGCCUCUUUCUUCUCUCCUCGAUGAUGAAUGGACUCCUCGUCUCUCUCUUGCUCUCCUCGCCGUGGAUAGUUUAAUCUGUCUCUCCUUCUCUACUCUGUGUCUGUAUCUGUGUCUCUGUCGUCGCCUCUAGUAGGUCAGGAAGAGAUGCUUCCCCUACUUUCCGAUAAAUAAACAAAAACAGAAGAUUUUAUGCUUAAUAUGCUCUGUUUUUUUAUUACAGAGCUUUAGUUCUACUUAGCUCAUGUGUCUAAUGAAAACGGAUCUCUUGUUGUCUUGUGCAGGUAAUAAUAACAGUACACUCUUUGACUCAUCUCAAUAUGAAUUCUCUGGUCAAAGUCUUGAAGAAGUUGAAUUGGGAGGUCUUGAUGAUGAUGCCGCUUCUGUUCUCGAACAUGCCGACCAUGGUGAUCACUUGUUUGAUAAAAGAGAGGGUGCAGGUUUGGGAUCAUUGUCUGAAAUGGAUGAUCUUGCCACAACUUUUGCUAAGGUUCUUCUGCUAUAGAUUGGACACAAGAUAAUGACUUCACAAGCUGGUUGGACCAGCACACGCUUGAAGAACAAGCACAUGAACCUAGCUGGUCUCACAGCCACAUUCAUCAUCAGCUAACUCAAACUCUUUGCACAGAACAUCCUCGUAUCCUCAACAACAAUCUUCACCAAGUCACAUUCAUCGCGCUCGCGCUCCUUCCGGCGUGGACGGAUGAAGAGACAAUGGCUAUUUUAG